UGGGUGGUGGAGUCACCGUCACCAAACUGGUCACACCACCGUCGACAUAGCCCACUGUCUGCUGGGAUGAAGCUCGCUACCAGAGACCUACAGAGAUCGAUACAAAUCUAAGAUCAUUCUAUUAUCUCCUCGAAACGUCAACUUACCAAAAUUCUGUUCGUAGAAGAAGACAAGAAAGAGCCGCGUGGCCAAAAUGAUGGAAGAAAUCGACAGAUUUCAGGUGCCGAGCGCGGUGCAGGAGGCGGAGAUGCAGGCUGAGAUGCAGCCGCUGGACCCGGCCUCGUCCACGGCCUCAGAGGCUGACUCAGACACCAGAGAGGGGGAUCCUGUCACCAUCAACUACAAACCCUCACCUCUGCAGAUGAAAAUAGAGAAACAGAGAGAGUUGGCCAGGAAGGGGUCAUUGAAGAACGGCAACACUGUAGGAAGUCCGGUCAACCAGCAGCCCAAGAAGAACAAUGUCAUGGCCAGAACACGGUUGGUAGUACCCAAUAAAGGCUAUUCCUCUUUAGACCAGAGCCCCGAUGAGAAGCCCCUGGUGGCCCUAGACACAGACAGCGAUGAUGACUUCGACAUGUCGAGAUACUCCUCGUCAGGCUACUCCUCUGCUGAGCAAAUCAAUCAGGAUCUGAACAUCCAGCUGCUGAAAGAUGGUUACCGCCUAGACGAGAUCCCAGACGACGAGGACCUGGAUCUGAUCCCGCCCAAAUCAGUCAACCCUACCUGCAUGUGCUGCCAGGCAACCUCCUCCACCACCUGUCAAAUACAGUAACCCCACCCCUCUGACCUUCUGCCCCUCCCCCUUUCCACACAGUAUAACCCCCAAUCUUCAUCUGCUGUGAGUUUCCAUCGCUGCCAGAGAGGUGACGGUGAAGCAUUGGUAGAUUGUUGUAAUACCAGUUAAGUGCUAUGAUGAUACUGACAAUGAGAAAUAAUCAAAUUAACAUAUAGAAAGUUUGGUUUAAAAUCUAGCUGAGGGAAGGCAUAUUGAGAUAUUAAAUAUGUAUUUAAAAUAUUAAUAAAAGUGAUGGUUUCCUCCUAUGGUAGGACGAGCACUUGGGUUUAAGAACCUCUCUCCCGAUGUAACGUUGGUAUUCAUAGACAAAAAACAAAAGGACAUUUGAUGCUGUAAAGUGAUUCCCUUAACCUGAGAAAUAAGAAAUAUAGUCAUACCUGCUGACUCAACUGUUCUGCUUACCUGGAUUCUGGGUUGCAUUUUCUAUUUUUUUUUCUUUUUUAUGUUUUUAUUUAAACGCUUUAGUUUUCUAAACCUGUGGGUUCGGUAUGAUUGUAUGUGUUGAUGCGGAGAUAUUUUAAAAGCUUGGACUGCGGUCUUGAAUCCCCAAACACAGGCUGCUUGGUACUGUUUGUACUGUAGUGUACAGGGUUGUUAUGUAGCACAGGCCAGGUCGUUGCACUCAUUUACAACACCUUCAACACUUUUUCCACUUUUUACCCUGAUGGCUUGAGAUGAUUCAGAUCUGGGUUUUAGCAUUGAAUGUAUGAACAGGAAUCAAACUGCAUGAUGAUCACUGGACUGAAUAAUUAAAUGGGAAAUAAAGUUAGUAGCCUGUU